ACUGUGAACAAACAAACAGACCGCUGUAUCUAUCCUGUGUUUUGCCCACACGUCCGUCUUCUUCCAAAUUCCUGGUAUACUGUCCAUCUAUUCAUUGUUCAACUUUUUUCGAUUUGUUGGAAUUUGUUUCUUGUUUAGUUUGGUAAGUUGAGGCUGUUUUGGCUUAAGAUGAGAUGAUUGUUCUUUUAUAUGGGUGUUAAGAGAAAAUUGUAGUGGACGAAAAGAUGGUGCGGUCUUAUGGAGUCAAAGUGCAUAAACGGAAGAAGAGAGAGGAGAACUAUGAUAAAGAAGAAGACGAAGUUGAAGAACAAUCAAUUCAAGCAGCCAAGAAGAAGGCUUUAACAUCUACCAAACAAGAUGAAGAUGUUGAGAAGAAAGCGAGGGAAGAUGAAUCAAAAGAAGAAGAAGAAGAAGCACCGUUAGAGGUACUUGAAGGUAUUCCAGCUGGUCCAAGUGACCAGAAGGCCCUGAAACGUGGAGUCAUUUUUGUUCUUGAGAGGGCCUCCUUGGAAGUUGGAAAAGUUGGGAAGAGUUACCAGCUUUUGAAUUCGGAUGAACAUGCCAAUUUCUUGCGGAGGAAUAACAAAAAUCCUGCUGAUUACAGACCUGAUAUUAUUCAUCAGGCUCUCUUGUCGAUCUUGGAUAGCCCACUUAAUAAGGCCGGGAUGGUGCGAUCUAUAUAUGUGAAAACUGAGAAAGGGGUUCUUUUUGAAGUUCGACCACAUGUUCGUAUUCCAAGGACUUUUAAGCGAUUUGCUGGCCUCAUGUUGCAGCUUUUACAGAAACUUAGUAUAACUGCUGCCAACAAGCGUGAGAAACUUUUACGUGUGAUCAAGAAUCCCGUUACCCAAUAUCUUCCUGUCAACUCUCGUAAAACAGGCCUCUCUUAUAGUUCGGAAAAAUUAGUUGAUAUUCAGAAGUAUGUAGCAACUAUUGGUGAUGAUAUGGAUCUUGUUUUUGUGGUUGGUGCAAUGGCCCACGGGAAAAUUGACAAUGAUUAUACUGACGAUUGGGUAGCAAUUUCUGGUUAUCCUCUUAGUGCUGCCUUCUGUAUAUCAAUGAUUUGCCAGGGUGUUGCAAAGAAAUGGAACGUACUAUAAACAACCCUGUCGUCUCUUACUACAUGGAAAUUUCAUUAUGCCAUCGGUGAAGUUAUUACUUAAAUUUAUCACUUUUGCUGUAGCAACUGUAGAUCGAAGUGCAGUGCUUCAAGAUCUUUUAGCUAUUCAUUUGGCAAAAUGUAAAACAGUUUUUAUCUGUUUUUCUAAGAUACUAUUUAAUGUUAUGAGUUGAAUUUCAUUUCACAGUGAAUAACUGCACUAAUUUCGUACCA